UCACUGUGUUGCGUAUGUCUCUUCAGUCUUUUCUCUCUGUUUUCCGGCGGGGAACGCUUUUCCCCUUCUCUCCGUCUUUCGUCGAACUCGAAAGAGGCGAAUGGAGCUGGCUCUCCGCGGACCGUAAUAUAUAGCCGCCGGCGAAUCCAAACGCCAGCAACUCACAGACUAUUAGCCAACUGGCGAUCCCAAACGGAUAAAGCUUCAGUGUUAACUCUGAAUUGGUGCUCUUACUGAGAAACCUAAUUCAUUGAACUGGAAGCUAGCUUUGGCUUCUGGGCCUGGAUGGACUUGCACGCAAACUGUUUGAUGAAUUGCAUGUUUGAGUGUCAGGAACUCUUUCAUCGUGGGCCUGAGUUGACGGAGAAGGGCCACUGAAUUGAACUGGGUUGUCUAGUUCAAGUAACUGGAGUAUCACAUGUUGAAACAAGCGCUUGGCAAAGUCCUGGGCGGGGAAGUUCUGUCGACCUCAAGCAGAAAGCUUGGACCUUUCUCAAAUGCAGCAAUUGUGGGCUUCCAUACUGGACAGACACAGAAUGCCCCAAGAAGCUUCUUUGGGGUAGAGGAUUUUCUGGACGAUGAAAACAGCAGGCCGUACACUUUCCAGAAGGGUAAAGUAUCAAAUAACCCGAACAAGAACAUCUCUUUCAAGCAAAGGACACAAGCAUUCCUGGAGCCGUUCACACUGGACGUGUUCAUCUCGAAGCGGUUCGUGUCAGCAUCGCUCACUCACAGGGUGACGAGCAAGCAAGUUGCAGUGGCUGGGACGAACUCCAAGGACAUCAAGGCCGUGCUGAAGUCGAGGUCGGACGUUCCUGCCUGCCUGGCCAUUGGCCGGAUUCUGGGCGAGAGGGCAAGGGAAGCUGACGUUUACACUGCUGUCUACACUCCUAGGGAGAAGGACAGGUUUGAAGGGAAAAUAAGAGCUGUGGUUCAGUCUCUCAUUGAUAAUGGGAUUGGUGUUAAAGUUUACCUUGACGGAUCGAACACGAGGAGAGUUGAGGCGGCGUUGGAGAAGCGGCUGCCGGAGAGAGGAGUCGCAGGCAAGGCAAGCAGCUGUGAUCAAUGGGGAAGAUGGAGCAGAAAAGGAAGAGGUCUUGGGAGUCGCGUUGGCUCUUCUCUCGUUCUUUCUCAGUGGCACGAUUUUCUCCUCCUGUCUCUUGUCUUUCGUCGAGAACUCGAAAGGGCAAAAUUCCAACACAUACCACAGACCUCUCCGGCGAUCAUGGCGUUCAAGCAGAUCCUGAGCCGCGCUCUAAGAAGCCGCCCUGACCAGAUCCUCUCGUCCCCGUCCGCUUUCUCCGCCGCUAGGGCUUUCUCUUCGGCUCCAAUCACGGCCACUCUCUUCCCCGGCGACGGUAUCGGCCCCGAGAUCGCGGAAUCUGUGAAACAGAUUUUCAGGGAAGCCGAGGUACCAAUUGAAUGGGAAGAACAUUAUGUUGGGACCGAGAUAGAUCCUAGAACCCAGAGCUUUCUGACAUGGGAAAGUUUAGAGUCGGUGAGAAGAAACCGAGUGGGUCUGAAAGGGCCAAUGGCUACACCAAUUGGAAAGGGCCAUCGUUCUUUGAAUCUCACUCUCAGGAAAGAACUUAACCUGUACGCCAAUGUCAGGCCUUGCUACAGCCUUCCUGGUUACAAAACCCGGUAUGAUGACGUGAAUCUCGUCACCAUUCGUGAAAACACUGAAGGAGAGUACAGUGGACUUGAGCACCAAGUGGUGAGAGGUGUGGUUGAAAGUCUCAAGAUCAUUACUCGCCAGGCAAGUUUGAGGGUGGCUGAAUAUGCUUUCCACUAUGCAAAGGCUCACGGAAGAGAGAGAGUUUCUGCGAUUCAUAAGGCUAACAUCAUGCAGAAAACUGAUGGUCUUUUUCUUAAGUGCUGCCGUGAGGUUGCUGAGAAGUAUCCUGAGAUCACAUACGAAGAGGUUGUCAUUGACAACUGUUGCAUGAUGCUUGUGAAGAAUCCAGCUCUUUUCGAUGUGUUGGUUAUGCCUAAUCUCUAUGGUGACAUCAUCAGCGAUCUUUGUGCUGGUCUAAUUGGUGGUCUGGGAUUGACGCCAAGCUGCAAUAUUGGUGAGGGAGGAAUAGCUCUUGCUGAGGCUGUCCAUGGUUCUGCCCCUGACAUUGCUGGGAAGAACCUCGCAAAUCCAACUGCUCUGCUCCUGAGUGGUGUCUCCAUGUUGCGGCAUCUGGAACUCCACGAUAAGGCAGAUAGGAUUCAGAAGGCCGUUCUUGAAACCAUCGCCGAAGGAAAGUACCGAACAGCAGAUCUCGGCGGCAGCUCUACAACAUCUGAUUUCACAAGGGCCAUUUGCGACCACCUUUGAAGACAUGAGAAAAAGCAGUUCAAUUUUUGCUUCAAGUUCAAACCCGAAGAAGAAACCUUUGCUUUACGUUGCUCUUCAUUUUAUGACGGGAAUAAAUUUCAUGACCGUUGUGGCUAUUUUUACUACACGCACUCGAGCUAUUUUAUUGUUUGCUUUUUCGUCGCUAAAUUGUAUAGAGCCUGGAGUUGCUUGCUCUUGUCUAAUUCAAUUCUUACAAAUUGAUACCAAGUAUUGAGAAAUUCAAUUUUCUUAUACUGUUUUCUUUGCUUGUUCGCUCUCUCGUCUUGAAAAAAACUGGAGAUUUGAGCUCCAGAUUCUAUGUAAUGAAAAUGUUCUAGAGCAAUUCGC